AUGUCCAAAAAUACCCCAGGACCAAGCAGGGCGUUGGAGAUCCAAGUGCCAUGUAUCGUGUUCCUCGUGACCACGCCGGCUUUCGUGGCUAUACGACUGUGGUCCCGAGUCAAGUCUAAGUCGGGGCUCGGCUGGGACGACUGUACUAUUUUGGCGUCUUGCAUCUUUGCGAUUAUCGUCAUGGCUUUUAUGCUGGCGUCCUGUGCCUAUGGCUUUGGCCAACACAUCGCGAAUCUCACAACACCGCAUAAGCUAAUGACUCUGAAGCUCUUCUUCGUUAGUCAAGCUUUCUACAAGCUCACCAUGAAUAUGACGAAGAUGUCCAUCCUGAUGCUAUAUCUACGCAUUUUUAUCCAGCGUUGGUUCCGGAUCACCUGUCAUGUGCUCUUGGCUAUCAUCACCUCCUAUAUGGUGGCCACCUUCUUCGCCUCCGUAUUUCAAUGCACGCCAGUGGCCCGGGCCUGGAACAAGACUAUCCCAGGAUCAUGCAUCAACAUAACCACUAACUGGUAUGCCAACGCCGGCUUCUCAAUCGCUACCGAUAUCAUCAUAUUGACUCUACCGAUGUACCCGCUCUACACAUCGAAAAUCCGGUUGAAGCGGAAAAUCGCCUUGAUGGGAGUGUUUGCCCUCGGCACCUUUGUCGCGAUUACAAGCAUUCUCCGAAUGCAGACGCAGGACUUCUCGUCCACCAGUCCUGACAUUACCUACGACAUAGCCUCCUCGGUAUGGACGAUAACCGAAGAAAAUGUGGCGAUUACCUGUGCCUGCCUGCCAAUGAUGUGGAUGCCACUUGCUAGGCUCUUUCCCUCGGUUUUUUCCAUAGAUCAUGGGGCCGACAGCCAUGGAAGCUCGGCUGCCAAGAACUCGGAACCUAACACCACUUCGCGUCCCCGAAGCAACUGGACCCAGCUUCAUGCGUACCCUGAUACCAAGGGCAUCAGUAUGGACCAAACCAGCGAUUCCCCAAACCGCUCAUCGGAAGAUAGCGCGGGCGAGGGCGGCGAAUCCCAGGAUCAAAUCGAAAACGGCAUCACGAAGGUCACGGAAUACUAUGUUUCUUAUUCUAAUGCGAAAUCGCUUCGAGGAAAAUAUAUCUCUAGGCCCGAAUAG